UGCUGCGCUGAAGUGAAGCAGUUUCUCUUUCUCUUCUUUUGUGAUCAGAGAGAUAUGAGUGUUUAAAAUGAAUAAACCGAAAGAGCUGAUAUGAGCCAGAGGAGAGACAAAGAAUAUAUAAAGAACUGAUGACCAGCGCUGAGACUGAAAGUGAGAUGGAGGUGCGGAUCCCAGUGGAGCCGGAGCUCAACGAGUCUGAGUCUGAGGAGGAGGUGACGGCUCUUUCUGAGUCUGAGUUCAGCUGUCACUGCUGCUACCAGGUUCUGGUGGACCCCACCACUCUCACCUGUGGACACAGCUUCUGCAGACACUGUCUGGCCAACUGGUGGGCCUCCGCUCUGCCCCGCGUCCGCACAGACUGCCCAGAAUGCCGAGCGGUCUGGACCGGAUUUCCCAAAGUCAACAUCCUGCUCCGGGAUGCGGUGGAGAAGCUGUUUCCCGCAGUCGUGAGCCGACGGAAGCAGGCCAUCCUGAGUGAUCCGGGGUUCUGUCAUCUCCAGGCCUUCCAGCAGCAGGGGAAGAGACAGCCCCCUCGCGCAGCUCCGCCACAGAACCCACCGCCGAUCAACAUCAGAGAGUUUUACUCUGGAGUAUUGACGACGCUGACCUUCAUGACUAUGGUGGUGUUAAUGUGGCGUGUGUACAGUACCAGCACCAGUCAUGAGGUGCUGCUCAGUAAACCGCUCAGCAGGUGGAGCGCUGAUGAUGUCACUCUGUGGGUGGAGCAUCUGAGCGUCUGGACCAAUCAGUAUAAAGAAACCUUCCGCAGGGAACAGAUCAACGGCAGGUUACUGUCUGCUCUCAGCGAUGACGAUCUGUCUGCGGCUCCGUUCAGCAUCGAGAAUCAGUCUCACAGACAGAUCAUCCUGGAGGAACUGCACAAACUCAAAGAAACCUCAGUCUCACUGAACCUCUGGCAGUACAAGAGUUAA